UUUCACAAGCGCACUUUUAAUUAGCUCAGAUUGUAGACGCAUUCUUUAUCAAUCGGUUUUAUAGUUUAUUUAUAACAAUGAGCGUAUUUUAAAUCAAUUAGUGAUUCUGUUUUCAUCGGCGCACUUUUAGUCGGUCAGUCAGCCGGCACAUUAGCUUACUAAUUCAUUCAGUCGCCUUUAGGAAAUCGAAAUAUUAUAAUUCGUUCUGUUAUCAUAUUAUAAAUAAAAAGCUUAUUAUUCAAGAAUAAGUUCGAGAGAUCAACUUUUCUACUUGCAGUCUUCGUUUGACAGUCGGUCAGAGCAAUUAAACUAAUCAGUGCUCUUUUAAGAUAUUCAUUAUCUUAUUCUUAAAUUCUCCAGGAAUCAGAUCGAGUGGAAACAUGAAAAUUCUUUGUGCCUGGAGUUAUGUCGUGCUUUCGAUUCUGCUGCUUACCUUGGCCGGAAAUGUCGACGGGACUCGACAGCGGAGCAUGAAGUACGGACGCGCUCCGCUUCUGGAAAGAUUCGCCUGGCAAAAGCUGGAUUUCUCUUUUCCGGACGAGCGUAGCAGGCAACUGGCGAUCGCGAGUGGCGAAUUCGUGCCUGAAAAUUGUUUGCCCGUCGGCAUCGAGAUCUGGAGGAACAAGCUCUUCGUUACAGUGCCGAGGUGGCGCAAUGGGAUACCAUCCACAUUGAAUUACAUAUCACUGGAUACUAAUCAAGCCGGAUCGCCCAAGCUGACGCCUUAUCCGAGCUGGAGUCAGAAUAAGGCUGGCGCUUGCGGCAGCGGAUUAACCACUGCGUACAGGAUUCACGCGGACGCCUGCAACAGAUUAUGGGUGUUGGACACGGGUACGAUAGGAAUCGCCGAAACAACCAUACAAGCCUGUCCCUACACCUUGAACGUAUUCGACUUGACCACGGAUAAAAUCCUGAGACAAUACCAACUCAGGCCGCAAGAUAUCAAUCAGAACACUUUUAUCGCCAACAUCGCGGUCGAUCUGGGCAAACACGGUUGCGAUGACGCUUUCGCUUACAUGUCUGACGAGCUCGGUUACGGCCUGAUCGUGUACUCAUGGAAGAAUAAUACAUCCUGGCGUAUCACGCACAGUUACUUCAUGCCGGAUCCCUUGGCGGGCGACUACAACAUCGGAGGCUUGAACUUCCAAUGGGGAGAAGAGGGUAUUUUUGGAAUGAGUCUGUCGCCGAUAUUGGAAAAUGGCUAUAGAACCCUCUUCUUUCAUCCUCUCAGCAGUUAUCGCGAGUUCGCGGUUUCUACGAGGAUUCUGAGGAACGAGCAAUUGUCGCAGAACAGUUAUCACGAGUUUCAGGUACUGCCAUCGAGAGGACCACACUCUCACUGCACGGCGGAGGUGAUGGACAGGGGCCUUCAGUUCUUCAACUUGAUCGAUCAGAACGCAGUGGGCUGUUGGAACUCUGCGCUACCCUACACACCGGAGAAUCAUGCGAUUGUCGCGCGACACGACCAGGCUAUGAUAUUUCCCGCCGACGUCAAGAUCAACCGCGGCUUGCUCUGGAUCAUGUCAGAUCGGAUGCCAAUAUUCCUCGAGUCGACUCUCAAUUACACGGACGUGAACUUCAGGAUACUGACCAUGUCGGUUCAGGAGGCGAUCGCCGGAACGGUAUGCGAUAAUGUACCGUGGAGAUUCUACGGCAAUCAAAUCUGGUAGGACCGACGCGCGUCUUCGAUCGCACGUUGAGAAUGUAAUUAUCAGCGAAUAUAAAAGUGAUGACCAAA